GCAGGGUCUCAAAUUGAGUGUGAUAGCUCAGCUCACUCCUGGAAUUCCAGUGCUCAGAAGGCAGAGACGGGGAGGAGCCAGCCUAGUCUGCACGUUAAGUCUGAGGCCAAUCCGAGUAUGUGGGUAGAUCAUAUCUGGAUCCCUUCUACUCUACCCUACCACCAAAAAAAAGGAAAAAAGAGAGAGAAACAUGGCAGCAAGGCGGGUGGCACAGGAAUCACUGGACACAGUGUUACAGGAGAAAUCUAAACGGUAUGGGGAUUCUGAGGCUGUUGGUGAAGCUCUCCAACUUAAAGCUCAAGAUCUUAGAAGGACAGGCUCAAGAGCCAGAGCGGAUGUCUAUGAGGACGUUCACAGUGACAGUAGGUUCUCUGCCAGUGGAUCUGGAGUGUACUCAUUAGACUUGGGGAGAGAGGGCAUGAGAGGUGACAUGUUUGCGGGACCCUCCUUCAGAUCCAGCAACCAGUCUGUUGGAGAGGACAGCUAUCUUCGCAAAGAAUGUGGUCGGGAUCUGGAAGUGGCCCACACUGACUCCCGAGACCAGAGUUUUAGCCACCGGAAACUGGGACAUUAUUCUUCUCAGGACUGGAAGCUUGCACUUCGUGGCUCUUGGGAGCAAGACUCGGGUCACCCAGUUUCUCAAGAAUCCUCCUGGUCACAGGAAUAUAAUUUUGGGUCUUCAGUGUUGGGGGACUUGGCCUCCUCCAGGCGGUUGGAGAAGGAGAGUCGAGAUUAUGACCUGGACCAUCGUGGGGAGGUGGACUCUGUGUCUAGAGGCAGUGGGCAAGUCCUGGCCAGAGGCCGGUCUCUAAACAUGGCUGACCAGGAAGUCACUCUCCUAGGAAAGGGAGACACUCAAGGCCUGCUUGCAGCAAAGGGUGUCGGGAAACUUAUCACUCUGAAAAGCACGACUACAAAGAAAAUGCCUGUUGUCAGUCGUCUUACUUCCAAACCUCAGGGUACUAACCAAAUCCAGAAAGCCACCUCAAGUUCUGAUGUGACCCUUGGAACAAAUCCAGGGCUGGAUGAAAUCCAGUUUGCUGCUCUGAAGAUCCCCUUGGGCCUGGACUUGAGAACCCUCAGCUUCCCCAGAAGGAAGCUGGGCUUUGAUGCCAUGGACAAGGCAGAUGUGUUCUCAAGGUUUGGCAUAGAGAUCAUCAAGUGGGCAGGGUUCCACACCAUCAAGGAUGACCUCAAGUUCUCCCAGCUCUUCCAGACUCUCUUUGAAUUGGAAACUGAGACCUGUGCCAAGAUGCUGGCCUCCUUCAAAUGCUCCUUGAAACCAGAGCACAGAGAUUUCUGCUUUUUUACUAUCAAGUUUUUAAAGCACUCUGCUCUGAAGACACCCCGAGUUGAUAAUGAGUUUUUAAACAUGCUUUUAGACAAAGGUGCUGUGAAGACCAAAAACUGCUUCUUCGAGAUCAUCAAGCCCUUCGACAAGUACAUCAUGCGGCUCCAGGACAGGCUGCUGAAGGGCGUCACACCCUUGCUCAUGGCCUGUAACGCCUAUGAGCUGAGCAUCAAGAUGAAGACCCUCACUAGCCCACUGGACCUGGCUGUGGCCCUGGAGACCACCAACUCCCUGUGUAGGAAGUCCCUGGCACUCUUAGGCCAGACCUUCUCCUUGGCCUCCUCCUUCAGGCAGGAGAAGAUCUUAGAAGCUGUGGGCCUCCAGGACAUUGCUCCAUCUCCUGCUUCCUUCCCAAACUUUGAGGACUCCACUUUGUUUGGAAGGGAAUACAUAGACCACCUGAAGGCCUGGCUCAUGGCCAGCGGCUAUCCUCUCCAGGUCAAGAAGGCUGUGCCCGCAGAGCCCCGAGAACAGAAAACCACAUCUCAGCCCUGGGCUGCAAGCACUCUGAGCCAAGCAGUCCCCCAGCGGGCGGAUCACAGGGUGGUGGACACCAUUGACCAGCUUGUCAUGCGUGUCAUCCAAGGCAGGCUGUCACCCAGGGAGAGAACACUACUUCUGCAGGACCCUGCUUACUGGUUUCUGUCUGAUGAGAACAGUCUGGAAUAUAAGUACUACAAAUUGAAGUUGGCAGAGUCACAGCGUCUGAACCACAGUUGGCCCAUCAUGGAACGGAGGCCAACACCAGCCCAGUGUGCAGUGCGUGCUAUGCUGUAUGCACAAGCUGUGCGAAGUCUCAAGCGUAGACUCCUCCCGUGGCAGCGCAGGCGGCUGCUUCGCUCUCAGGGUCCUCGAGGCCUGAAGGCCAAGAAAGCUGCCACUGCCCAGCACACAUCCCUGUCCUCAGGCACUCAGCAGAGGCACCGUGGCCGCCAGACUGCAGCAGGCUCCUUACAGGUAAAGCCACCACCACGGGACUCAAGUGAUGCUGCCCAGGACUGCCUACCAGAGCCUGCCAAACCCCAGCCUCAGCCCUCCUGCCCUGGAGCCUUGGGCCCGUCUCCUCGGCCAACAGCAGGGGAUGACUCAGGAGCCCUGCCGUCCUCUUCUCCCUGCCCCUCUGCUGAUGUGGAUCCAAAGACCAUGGAGACUGCUGAGAAGUUGGCCAGAUUUGUGGCUCAGGUGGGCCCUGAGAUUGAGCAGUUCAGCAUAGAGAACAGCACCGACAACCCUGACCUGUGGUUCCUGCACGACCAGAGCAGCUCAGCUUUCAAGUUCUACCGAGAGAAGGUGCUGGAAUUGUGCCCAUCCAUUUCCUUCCAGUCUACUGGUGAGGCGGGAAACUCAGUGCAGAGCCCCACAACUCGAAAGGAGGGUGAGGGUGAACCGGAAGAGGGGCGUUCCCAGCAGGAGGCUACACUGGAGGGCCCUGAGGUGCUGCCUGAGGAGGAGGAAGAUGACGAGGAGGACGAGGAGGAUGAGGCCGGAGAGGAGGCCUGUACCCUCAGACCACAGGCAAGAACUGCCAAGUGUCCAGGCUCCGAGGGCAGCUCCCCCACUGACAGCAUCCCUGGAGAGGGGUCUAGGGAAGACCAGGCCGGCACCCCUGGCCUGUCACAGGCCUCCUCCGGCAGCUGCUUCCCCAGGAAGAGAAUCAGCAGCAAGUCACUGAAAGUCGGCAUGAUUCCUGCCCCCAAGAGGGUGUGUCUCAUCCAGGAGUCAAAGGUCCAUGAACCAGUUCGAAUCGCCUAUGACAGGCCUCGGGGUCGUCCCAUAGCCAAAAAGAAGAAACCCAAGGACCUGGAGUUUGCCCAGCAAAAACUGACAGACAAGAACCUGGGCUUCCAGAUGCUGCAGAAGAUGGGCUGGAAGGAAGGCCAUGGCCUGGGCUCCCUUGGGAAGGGCAUCCGUGAGCCCGUCAGCGUGGGGACUCUCUCAGAAGGAGAGGGUCUGGGAGCUGACGGGCCAGAGCAGAAAGAAGACACGUUUGACGUCUUCCGCCAACGCAUGAUGCAGAUGUACAGACACAAGCGAGCCAGCAAAUAGAUCAGAGCCAGUGGCGACAGAGAUAAGCCUCGAAGCAGCCUUGCCCUUCCUGUACCCUGCCCCGGACGCCUGCAGCCUAAGCCUCGUUCCAGGGUCACUUCCACAAGGGCCAUGGAUUCCAAAAGCUGUGCUGGCCUGGCUUGCCGUGGCUCUGGCAUGCUCCUGUUCCUGGAAGUACUUGGUGAAGGUUGGUUCUGGUCCCUGGUAAAACGCAAAAGAACGCUGAUGAUGUCACACUUGGACGUUGUUGUGUUUGUGAGGAUCUAAGAUGUCAUGUCAUGUCAAAUGCUCAGAAUAAAUGAGGAGCAGACCCAC